AGCCACAACAUUGACAAUCUGAGUACGACGUUUUGCCAGUAAUUACAACUAGCUUCAUCAGGCGACAGCCACAAAUCGGGCAACGAAGCAGAGUGGAUCUCGUCCAUUUCUCCUUUAAAGGAGUGAAAAAAACCCAGCUUUUUGUGUUUAUUUUGUUGUUCUCCCCCUGCACCUCCGAUUAUAGCAUGGUUGGCUGCGUAUGGUGUGAAACAAGUUCAACAAACAUACAUACUUAUUUUGUACGGAUUAAUAACAGCAGGUUAAAGAUGUAAUUUUAGAUUUGUUAUCCACUCUAUUUUUUUUUUCCAGAAGCAAAGUGGAUCUCGUCCAUCCCUCCUUUAAAGGAGUAAAGACAGCAGUGGGUGUUUACAAUGUGAUUGAUGUUUGGGAUUCGUGGCAUAAACUCGCAGGCAUACAUACAAAACAAACCAGCCCAUGCUUUUAUACUUAACCAGGAGUGGGCUUUUGCUCGCGUUCUAUCGGCUUUUCUGACAGGCGAUACAGAAGGAGAAUUAUUAUGAGUACAUGUACAGCCCGUUUGUCAAUCCACAGCUGGAUGAGAACCUCCCCAAGCCUUGAGGGUGGCGGUGGGGAGCGAAGAUGGUGGGAGCAUAGAAGUACAGAACAACGAUGGGUUUUGCGCCACUGCCGACCACUGCGUAGCACAACCCCCAGCCAGUUUUAAUUAAUCCGAGCACUCACUAUCAAGUCUCAACCCUGCUUAGCCUCUGAGAUGUGACAACAUUGGGCACAUCACGGGUGAUUGGCUGUGUUUAUACAUGCGGUUUUGAUUUAAGAUACAUUGACACGCCGUAAAAAUGAUGUCCGAGUCUUUCUCCUUGGCUUUCGUUGCCGAUUCAAUGGGCCAGGACCAGUAAAUGCGUGUGACAAACACGAGGGUCCAUUACAGGAUGUAAUGUUAUGUAAACAGUCAUGCUAAAGCCAGGAUUUCUUCAGCUUUUGCCCGUGGGCCACAUCGGAGGAAAGAUAAACAGGUCAUAAAGAUGACAGGCCUGCAGACAAGAGGUGACGAGAGGUGAUCACGUGUACUGAAUGGAUCAGAAAUGACGAUGUCACAACGCUAGGUUGCACUGUGCAAAUAUAGCAGGUCACGGCCUACACGCUCUAGGCUUUUGGCGGUGUCAAAGGUCGUUGUGUAGUGUGGACUUGAGGGUCAUGGGGACAGUAUUUGGGUGCUUUGUUGUUAUGUUUCGUAUUGUUUAUAAACGCCUACUGUUAGUAGCUAAGACAGUUGUAUCACUUUCACGGGAAGGCCAAUGACAUGACGAGGGUUUUCUUUAUUAGAACACCGUCAGUUCAGAGGUCACUCACAGCAGCCCCACCCAGUGGAGAUGUCACGAGCCGCCACUGGCCGGUGGUCUAGACCAGGGGUCGGCAACCUGCUGCAUGCGGCACUUUUAAGGACUGGCUUUGUGCCACGUUAUUUACUAAGGACCCACCGUCUCGUAUUCACAUUGCAUUGCGGCUCUUGAAAUAUAGAUGUAUUUUUUAACCAAAUUCUAAAAAAAAAUAUGUCUCUUCUCGUUAUUUUGGUUGCCGGCCCCUGGCCUCAACUAACGAUGGAGUGGUAGCCAAAGGAAGGAACGUGGCCAGGGAGGUCAUCAACUACGGAGAUGGAGGCACGAAAUCAGCUCGUGAGAACGUGCUAAGCGGAUUGUAACGAUGCAGGAUCGUGAGAGGUGGCCAAUGGCUACACAGAGGCCUUUUUUGAUAUCCAGCAGUGGAUUAAACUUCAAGUUUCGCGUUUAUUUUGUUUAACCAGGUGAGAACUCAAGAGACCAGGAUAACCUCAUUGGUAAUUUGCAAAAUUUGAUUGAUCAUGGAUGACGAUUGAGUCAAUCGAACCCAAGUCUAUUUAUUAUUCAGUUUGGCAUUACUCAUAUUCGGCCGUAAGAAAUUGUAAACUACAUGUGUUGAAUAAGAAUACAUGUGUUGUGUAAAGUGUUUGAGGGAAGCUGCAGUGAAGUAAUGGUUCGCACACUGGACUUGCAAUCCAGAGGUCAGAAGUUCAAUUUGAUCUCCCGGCACGGCAGUUGCAACCAUUGGUGCCGUACUCUCUGGUUCUUUCGGUAAAUUCAUGAAAGCUUCAAAUUAACAUUGGUGUCAGUUUCUUAAAUCCCCCCCCUCCCGCGCCGCCUCUGUCCACCGCGCGGUACAAAUGGGUGACGCCACAGUUAGUCCAUCGGGAGAGGUCACGUGUGGUUGGGUACUCCCACCUCUUCCAAGAUGUCUGACCAGCGUGAAAGAUUAGGCCAAAAUACUCUGUAUGUUGAACUUCUUUCGCACCGGACGUAGCAAACCGUGCUAAUCGGAGGUGCGGGGUGAGAACUAAACUAAAGACAAAAAGCAUUUCUAAACAUUUGAGUUUUCAAUCUACCUUCUAGAGAUGGUCUCUAGACCUCCGUCUAGGGGAGGCCCUUCUGUCAGCAGUGGCGUGAGCGAGCAAUUGCAGGGGCUGCACCUUUACCUUCACCUAAAAAAAGUGUGUGAGAAAAAAUGCAAACAAUUAGCUGGAGGUUGCGUGUUGUGCGCGCGUGCAUACGUGCAUGCCAUUGGCCGCCUCGAAGGGGAUUGGUAAUGUGUGAGAAUAGAUGACUUUUUUUCCCACCGUCGGUGACAACGCCACCCACGCACAGUCGCGUUCUAAAGUUGCAGAUCGCACCACCACGCCCUGGGGAUCGCCCCCGGGGGGUCCUCGCCGUGAACCAGCCCCCCCCCCCGCCCCCCUCACGGUCACAAUGCUGCACGCUGCUCGUUCACGGGGCUUCAUCUCGGGGCUUCCUCGACACGCCCGCGGUUUCUGGGGAGGUUUUUUUACUUUCCUGUCGUUUUGUUUAUUCAAAACGCAUCGAGGCAGGAUCGUCCCGGUCGCGGCCCGGUCUGCGCUCGCUGCUGUCGGCGAGACGCGACCUUGGCGCCACGACGCCAAGGUCGUUUCUGACCGCGGGGAAAAGCUGCGCCCCUUAUUGCGACUGCGUGCGGCGUUGUCCACGCUCGAGCCGACGAUGGCGCCGUGGUCAGCGCUGUGCCUCUGGGUCGUCCUCUGUCCGUGCCUGGGCGGCGCUCAGAUCUCACCGUCAACCAACUUCACCAACUUCAACCUCCACCCUGAGCACAUACCCUACUACCUGCACGGCCGCCCGCAAGAGACAGAGUCAUGCGUGGCAGACCCCCGGUGCCCGUACAAGAGACAUCUGUCGAGGGUGAACUCCUCUUGCUGGGGCUACGAGGAGGGGUGCGUGCCACGCCACAGCUUCCGCUUCCCGGUCUGCUCAUCCUCCAACACCGCCUGGGCCAACUCCGUGGAGGCGGCGGAGUACCUUUACUGGCGUCAGGCGGACUUCGGCUACGUGAAGGAGCGUAUGGGAGAGCUCAAGACCCUGUGCCGAGCCAGGCAAACGGGCGACUCGUCCCUCACGUGUGUGAAAUACACACGCUACUGCCGCGCCACCAACCUCUACGUCGACCUGCGCAAGCCCCGACGCGGCACCGACAGGUUUAGCGAAGACUUCUUCGAGGCCGGGGAGAUUGGCGGCCGCUGUGACCUGGACGCGGCCGCGUUGGCGGCUGAGGGGGAGCACAAGAGCCCCCUGCAGUCAUGGUUUGCGGAGUUGCAGAGCUUCACACAGCUGGAGCGGCAGCCGGAGGAGAGUGGCCGCUGCGACCUGGUGGUGGAGACGCCGACUUACUUCAUGAAGCUCGACGCAGGAGUCAACAUGUACCACCACUUCUGCGACUUCGUCAACCUCUACACCUCGCAGCACAUCAACGGCUCCUUCUCGCAGGACGUCAACAUCGUCAUGUGGGACACGAGUUUCUAUGGCUAUGGAGACUUUUUCAGCGACACCUGGAGUGCCUUCACCAACUUCAACAUCACCCACCUCAAGGACUACGACCAGAAGCGGGUGUGCUUCAGGGAGGCCAUCUUCCCGCUGCUGCCCAGGAUGCGCUACGGCCUCUUCUACAACACCCCCCUCGUUCCCACCUGCUCAGGCACGGGGCUCUUCCGGGCCUUCUCCCAGCACGUGCUGCACCGUCUCCGCGUCGCGCAGGAGUGGCCCAAGGCUGACAAGGUGCGCGUGACGCUUCUCGAGCGCAGCACACAGUUCCGCCGCAUCCUCAACCAGGACGAGCUCAUCAAGGCCAUGAAGACGGUGUCUUGGCUGGAGGUUCGGCUCGUGGACUUCAACAGCAGGCACAUUGGGUUUGUCGAUCAGCUGAAGGUCACGCACAACUCCGACAUCUUCAUCGGCAUGCACGGCGCUGGUCUCACCCACCUGCUCUUCCUCCCCGAUUGGGCCGUGGUCUUCGAGCUCCACAACUGCGACGAUCGCCACUGCUACAUGGACCUGGCUAACCUGCGCGGUGUGCACUACAUGACCUGGAUGAAGGACAGCUUGGUGUUCCCGCAGGACAAGGGCCACCACCCGACCAUGGGAGAGCACCCGAAGUUCACCAACUACUCGUUUGACGUGGGCGAGUUCAUGCGCAUGGUCAUUCUGGCGGCGGACAAGGUCCUCCACCACCCCAGGUGGCCCGCCAAGAGACGGCACGAAGAGCUGUGACCUCGGCUGACGCCGGUCAGCCGGACCUUUUUUUGCCGGGCCGUGGCAAGGCCAGCCGUGCGAGCCGCACCAGAAAUCCGGCUGCCCGAUCGGUUUGUUUCGUCAAAUUCCAGAAGGACGUUUUUAUUGUUUCUCCCCCCCACCCCCCGAUACAUUGUGAGCCAUUCCAAAUCCAGAAAACUUCCAUUUUAAGAUGGGAAGGUCUCAUCAAAGCGGCGUGUAGAUGGUCUCUCACGGAGGAGGGACAUCAAAUUUGAGCAGGUUCAGUUGUCGACUACGGCUGGGAAGGUUCUGAAUCUUUAAAAUUGGAAUCAGAGCAGCAUAUGAUGAUGCUGCCUGAAUCCCAGUUGAAUGGAGGUGUUUGUCUAAAAUUAUAUUGUUUUCAUACUGAAGUUCCAAAGGGAAUGACAUGACCUGAUCAAAGAAGUAUGAAUGAUAUAAGAUGUUGAUUUAUUUAACUGAAUCUUUGCACAUUUGCAACCAGAUUUAUGGAUUUUGUUACUUUGAAAGCCAUGUAUUUUGUUUUUGUCAUGGAAGUAUCUUGAAAGUAUGUAUACAUUGUUAUUGUUAUUUUGGUGGCUUUUUGGACCAGGGCGAAUGUGUUUACUUAAAGUAAAAAAGCGUAGAAAAGAACGUGAGAACUUACGUCAAAUGGUGGCGGCACUCCAGGUUUUACCCACAAGCCUUUGCUCCCCACUCCUGUGUCCUUUCUUCCACCCUCUCCUAAUUCCUUAUGCAUCCCUCGGCUAACCGCUGUGCACUUAUUCCUCGUUUUCACGACCACUGGCAAAGCAGGCCUUGCCGAACCAGCAACACGGCACCACCAGUCCGUCAGUUGCCACACUCCGUGCCCUGUGAGACUCUGCAGGCUUGACUUCUCGCCCAUAUAUUUAGGCAACAAUGGAGAAAUCAUCUUGAAAAAUACAUUUGUUGCUCUCCGAUGCGUAUCAGGUUUUGUAACCCCAUGCUGUUCCGCGGAGUGUCCAACGUUUCGCUUCACGUUGCUCUGGGAGUCUCCCUCAGGGACUUGGAAGUUGCGCGUGGCGGGAGCGAAACGUCGGGACGUGGUGCCGAAUUGCGCGCGGCGCGACCCCUGAAAACACGCUGGAGAGACGCGCAGCACUUCCGCGAAAACUCACGCAGCAACCUUGCUCUUUUGGUUAAGUUCCAGAAAGCGAAAAGGUGACAUUUGACUACUUUAAGGUAAAAUAGUAUUUCCUUACUAGUCACACAUCGUCACUUAUUUAAGUUAUCGCAGCCGAGAAAUUUGACCGCGCGAUUUGUCGGCCCAGGCCAUCCCGAAAGAUCACAGCGGCGUUUGUCACUGGCCGUAAGAAACGGGGGCAAUGUUUUUAUUUAUUGCGACUCAACACGAGCUCGGUACAAAGCACCGGUCACAGUACAAGGCUGGGUGGGGGGGGGUGGAGGGGGUG